CGAAUCGCGCCCGCUUGCUAGUGACAGGAGGAGGGGCUUGAGGUCUCGUCUGAAUCUGGGGAUUUUCCACGUUAUUUCGAGGCCCAGAAUUGCCAAUUUUUAAUUGUGCCCAACGACUUACCUACGUUUCAUCAAAGUCUUUAACAUCAAAAAGUACAAGAGCUGUAUUCUAAUAAUAGAGAACAGGGAAACCAUCAUGUUCAGUGGUAAGAUUAAAAACCACAUUACUGAAAAGUAGCCUGCAGCCCUGAGCCCAUUCAAUUGGCAUUAAAGUAGUAACUGGUGAGAUGAAGGUCAACGAAGUAAGAGAGAUUAGAUUGCCUAAGUCCCAAAGCCAGGAUUUGAAUAUAGUGCCAACUGAAAACCUUGACACUCUGCUGCUUCCUUUCAGAGGAGAGGCCCCACCAAAAUUUGUAUCCACGUGUUAAAAGCAAGAGGCUUCGGUGUGGGCGAGCUGGCGUCGUCCUACGCUGCAGCAAUAGAUCUGCAAAUCAUGAGUGAGGAUGCCAUUAGGAGCUUGGGGAAAGGAAGCCCUGCCCCAGGGCCAGUCCCUGAGGGCGUGAUCCGUGUCUACAGCAUGAGAUUCUGCCCCUAUGCACAUAGGACACGCCUUGUCCUCCGGGCCAAAGGCAUCAGACAUGAAGUCAUCAACAUUAACCUAAGAAACAAGCCUGAAUGGUAUUAUACUAAGCACCCUUUUGGCCAAAUUCCUGUGCUGGAGAACAGCAAAUGUCAGCUGAUCUACGAAUCUGUCAUCGCCUGUGAAUAUCUGGAUGAUGCUUUUCCUGGAAGGAAGCUGUACCCGUAUGAUCCUUAUGAGCGAGCUCGUCAAAAGAUGUUGUUGGACCUGUUCUGUAAGGUCCCACAAUUGACCAAGGAGUGUCUGGUUGCAAUCAGAUAUGGGAGAGAAUGCUCUGACCUGAAGCUCGCCCUGCUCCAGGAAUUCUACAACCUUGAAGAGAUUCUUGGCUAUCAGAACACCAUUUUCUUUGGUGGAGACUGUGUGUCCAUGAUCGAUUACCUCUUUUGGCCCUGGUUUGAGCGACUGGAUGUAUAUGGAAUAGCCGACUGUUUGAACAACACCCCCGCCCUCCGGAUUUGGAUAGCAGCCAUGAAACAGGACCCUGCCGUGUGUGCACUUCUCAUAGAUAAGAACAUUUUCCUGGGCUUCUUGAAUCUCUAUUUUCAGAACAACCCCGACGCCUUUGACUACGGGCUAAGCUGCUGAGCCUCAGGGGCCACCCUGUCACCAUCCAGAUUCCCAGCCCACCAUCUGGAUUCUGCAUUAGGAAUUGUGUUGGUGGAUCAAUCAAUCUCUGUUCAUUUUCUUUGAGGUUCCCAAUAAACAUAGAGGUAGA